AAGUUGCUGUAUACCUAAGCAGAUACAUGUACCAAACUGUCUUUCUCAGACACAAAAGGGGAUUGAAAUUGACACCAUCGAUCGAAACUGGUUCAUGGCCCUCUCAAUAUCUAUGCUUCCGUGGGCAACCGGGGGGUUUGGCACUGGCUAACUUUCAUUUACUAUCAUCGAGCAAGGUAAAGUAGACCUUUUGACAUAAGAAAACAGUACUCUGUUCAACAAUAGAAAUCAAAAAGAAAAAACGUGAAAGGUGGGCUAUGGUGGCUUGACGUGUCAACCAACCCUUCCUUCCUUCAAAUUCCCUUUCUAUUUCCAUUCGUUCCUUUCUCCAUUCUCUCUUCCAUGCUCUCUUUUGUCUCUUCAAUCAAGAUUUAACAGAUACCAUAGUUGAAAAAGAAGCUCCUUCUUGUCUGGGCUCAGUCAAGAUAUUGUAUUUAUUGUCACCAAAAACCUCAAACAGAAGCUGUUAAGCAGUCAAUCAAGAAAUCAUUUCUUGAGACCUGAAAAAAUGGAAGUGUUACUGUCUUCAUCAUCUCCUUUAUCAGUUCAUUCAAGAUUGGAUUUUUAUUCACUUCGAAAACCAAAAGAUUCUAGCUUCAUCUUUCACUCUAACAACUAUAACACAAUAUCUUCUCCUUUUUCUUCUUGUUUUGGUAUUUCAAUCUCACAAAAACACCAAAACAGGAAGACCCUUUUGUUAAAACGUUUUAAUUCCAGCAAAAAACGAAGAAUUCUUCAAGUUUCGGCUGUUUUUGAGAGGUUUACAGAGAGAGCAGUAAAAGCUGUGGUUUUUUCUCAGAGAGAAGCAAGAGCUUUAGGCAAAGAUAUGGUUUUUACGCAGCAUCUUUUGUUGGGUUUAAUUAUUGAAGAUCGUGAUCCAAAUGGAUUUCUUGGGUCAGGAAUCAAGGUUGAUAAAGCUCGUGAAGUUGUUAAAAGUAUUUGGCAGAGGGAGAGUGAUGGUGCUGAAGCUAGUGAGUUAGUUUCUAAAGGCGAGAGAGGUGUUUCCCACAGUGACGUGCCCUUUUCUGCUAGUACUAAGAGGGUUUUUGAGGCUGCUAUUGAGUAUUCAAGGACCAUGGGUCAUAAUUUUAUUGCGCCAGAACAUAUAGCCAUUGGUUUGUUCACAGUUGAUGAUGGAAAUGCAGGCCGGGUUCUUAACAGAUUGGGGGUAGAUGGUGAUGGCUUAGCUGCUAUAGCAAUAACCAAACUUCAAGGGGAGCUUGUGAAAGAUGGAAGAGAACCAUCUGUGGAAUCAAAAGGCGAACAUGGGAAAUCUGUUUCCAAGAGAGCUGCUGCUUUAAGAUCCUAUGAGAAAACAAGAGAGAAAAGUGCAUUGGCCCAAUUUUGUGUGGAUCUUACUGCCCGUGCAAGUGAAGGACGCAUUGAUCCGGUUAUUGGGCGACACUCUGAAAUUGAAAGAAUUGUCCAGAUACUUUGCCGCAGAACAAAAAAUAACCCCAUCCUUCUUGGUGAAAGUGGAGUUGGAAAGACAGCCAUUGCCAAAGGAUUAGCUAUUAAAAUUGCACAGGCUGACAUUCCUGUGUUUCUUUUGGAAAAGCGUGUAAUGUCCUUGGAUGUUGGCCUCUUAAUUGCUGGUGCAAAGGAAAGGGGAGAACUAGAGGCACGUGUUACUACAUUAAUAAGAGAGAUUCAGAAAGAAGGUGAUGUCAUUCUUUUUAUUGAUGAAGUGCAUACGCUUGUUGGGACUGGCACUGUUGGACGAGGAAACAAGGGAUCUGGCCUUGACAUUGCCAAUUUAUUGAAGCCAUCUCUUGGGAGGGGUGAAUUACAGUGUAUUGCGUCCACAACACUUGAUGAAUACAGAACACAUUUUGAAAUUGAUAAAGCAUUAGCAAGGAGAUUCCAGCCUGUUUUGAUUAAUGAGCCAAGCCAGGAGGAUGCAAUUAGGAUAUUGUUGGGUCUGCGUCAAAGAUAUGAGGCCCAUCACAACUGCAGAUUCACACUGGAAGCCAUAAAUGCUGCAGUGCACCUUUCAGCAAGGUAUAUUGCUGACAGGUAUCUUCCAGAUAAAGCAAUUGAUCUCAUUGAUGAGGCAGGAAGUAGAGCUCGUAUCGAGGCCUAUAGAAGGAAGAAAGAACAGCGAACCUUUAUACUUUUGAAGACACCAGAUGAUUAUUGGCUAGAAAUUAGAACUGUUCAGGCUAUGCAUGAAGUGGUUCUAGCAAGUAGAUUGGCAAAUGAUUGCAGUUUAUCCAGCAUGGAUGGCAGUGGAGAAAUCACUAUAGAAUCUUCUUUACCUCCCGCAUCAAAUGAUGAUGACUGUGAUUCUUUCAGACCUGCUGUGGUGGGGCCUGAUGAUAUAGCAGCCGUUGCUUCCCUCUGGUCAGGUAUACCAGUUCAGCAGCUGACUGCUGAUGAAAGAAAGUUUCUGGUGGGCCUUGAAGAGGAGCUCAGGAAACGAGUGAUUGGUCAAGAUGAGGCUGUUGCUGCAAUAUCUCGAGCUGUUAAGAGAUCCCGUGUUGGCUUGAAGGAUCCUGAUAGGCCCAUAGCAGCAAUGCUGUUUUGCGGCCCAACUGGGGUCGGCAAGACUGAACUAACAAAAGCUUUGGCUCGAAAUUAUUUUGGAUCCGAGUCAGCCAUGCUUAGAUUAGAUAUGAGUGAGUAUAUGGAACGACACACUGUGAGCAAGUUAAUAGGAGCUCCUCCAGGUUAUGUUGGUUAUGGCAAGGGGGGCAUUCUGACAGAAUCUAUUAGAAAACAGCCUUUCACUGUUGUUUUGCUUGAUGAAAUAGAGAAAGCCCAUCCAGAUAUAUUCAACAUUCUGCUUCAAUUAUUUGAAGAUGGCCAUCUUACAGAUUCUCAGGGAAGGAGAGUAUCUUUUAAGAAUGCAUUGGUAGUAAUGACAUCAAAUGUUGGUUCUGCUGCCAUUGCAAAGGGUGGACGAGCCUCCAUUGGUUUCAUGAUUGAAGAUGAUGAGAAUUCUUCAUAUGCUGCAAUGCAAUCAUUGAUAAUGGAAGAACUCAAGGGAUAUUUUCGUCCAGAGUUGCUCAACAGAAUAGACGAAGUUGUGGUAUUCCAUCCCCUUGAAAAGGCUCAGAUGCUCCAGAUUUUGAAUCUUAUGCUGCAAGAGGUGAAAGAAAGGCUGAUAUCUCUUGGAAUUGGGUUAGAGGUGUCAGAGUCGAUCAAAGAUCUUAUAUGCCAGCAAGGCUAUGACAAAUUUUACGGCGCCCGGCCACUUAGGAGAGCAGUUACUCAAGUAAUCGAAAACCCCUUGAGUGAAGCAUUCCUUGCAGGACAGUAUAAGCCUGGUGACACAGCUUUCAUUGAUCUGGAUGCUUCAGGCAACCCGGUUGUCUCAAAUUUGUCAGAUAGGAGCAUGCACUUGUCUGAUACAUCAUCACCCUCCUAGUAACUUGGUAUAUAGUCUAAUUUCAUAUGAUAGUAUAUAAGCUUUGUACAUAUUCUAUAAGUUUUGUAUGGUUACUACAGGUGAUUAUUCGAUUCAACUGUAAAUAAGUGAAGCAUUAUGAUUAUUCUUUAAAUCCAUUAUCAGAAAAUAAUUACCUCCUUUAUUUGUCA